GCUGCUGCUGCUGCUGCUGGGCUGCUGGCUGCUGGCGGCUGGCUUGCUGGGGACCGAGAGCUGCGGCCCACUUGCUGCUCACAGAGCAUGUCCGACCAACCACCAGCCUGGCAGUGUGGCCCGGGGCCAGGUUCUAUUUCGGAUGAUUGACCAUUUCGUUCGUGUUUUGGGAUGGGCUAGCAUUGCUUUGUUGGCCCGGUCCAGCAUCUGUGUUGCCUGUCACGCUGCCUUCACUACCAGGGUUUGCUGCACGCUUGCUCUCUCUCUCGUAUCUUUGUCCUCUCGCUACUCCAGCUCGUUCCCCAAGCUGGUAUCUUGCUUGCCCUUCCGAACCGUUGGCCAUUUUAUUGUCACUAUUAUUAUUCGUUUUUUGUUGGACAUGUGCAGACACCACAUCUGACCAUCCCACCUCUAUACUCUCCCCGUCCUCUGUGCCCUUACUUCUUCUGUCUGCCCCCCGGCCCCUUGUUUCGAUACUGCCCAGGACUCGGUUAUUCUCGUCACCUAGUCCCUCGCCCAUCCCAUCAGGCUCAUCCCAGGACGGAGCAGAGACAGCAACACUCAUCGCGACUCCUCAGGUGCUCUAUCACAGCCCGGCCCCUAUUCCACCGGAGUUUGUGUAGUGAUCCCGCCCAAGCCAUGUUUUGAUACCCACAACAAGUCUUGUGCCGCUUCCGUUAAUCAUUAAUGUCACCCUCGUUUUCCCCGUUGCCCUCGCCCCUUGGACGCUUUUAGUCGUCGGGUGUUCGCAUAGCCAGGCUACACAUAGGGCCUCUGAACAGUCUCGCCGGCCCGCCAAAUCACUCGUUAAAACAUCAUGGCGUCCUUUUUCCAGCCUCCUCUGUCAGGAGACCCGGCAAUCGAGAGUUGUAACAACACCAGUAACAGCACUAACAGCACCACGCCGUGGUUGAUCUACUGCAACUCCAUCAUCCCGGGCGAUGAACGCCUGGUCACCCCAGUACAAUGGUUCACAUUCGUGCUGGCCAUUGUUUGCCUUGGUAUCCCGUCCCUCCUGUACCUGGGGGAUAGAUCGUUAAAGUCCCUGCGAUCGUGGAGCAGGUCGAGGAAAAGUUCAAACAAGGCAAAAACGCUGGAAAGAGCCAGGGCGCUGGAGCCAUCGCCAUGCUUGGAUCUGUCAGCGGUGCAGUCCUACUGCAUCUUUGGAAAGGACAGCCCUAUUCCGAACCUGGGCAAGACGAGUGCUGAACACGAUCUCCUCGUCGUCGCUCUGCCGUUCCUGGCGGCCGCGGCUGCCCUCGACGAAACGGACCAGGGCUCAUUCUCCGAGACCUCGAGCACCAUCGCCGGCGUUCCGGCAUCGACACCUGUGCUCGGGUUAGUCGAUGGACAAGACUUGUCCUCAGAGAGCAUCUCGGAGUCCGCAGUUGCUGGCACGGUCGACUACCUUUUCAACAUGUACAGCGACAACGCCGUGGUUGGCCUCGUCAUCGAUGUCGGCCUGCUCAAGGAAGACAGCGUCACUUUCGUGCCUGGCAUCCUCAUUCGGCUGUGCGAGCUGCAGGUGCCCGUGGUGCUCAAGUGUCACCAUGACAGCGAAAUCCUCAAGGCUGUCAACCUGAAAUUCCUGGCAGGCAUCAUCAUCGAGAACGCUUGCAUCCUCGAGGAUGGGAAGAGGAGGGACUACUUCCGCUCCCUGGCGCUGCGAGAUGUCAUGACCAAGUGUGCGGACCAACGGAUAGAGCGGCCAAGCUUCUUCGUUGGCUUCUUUGAUCGGUGGAACACCCGUCCAUCGGCCGCCGUGGUGCGCAGGUCUGCCAAGCUUGCCGACCACUUCGCCGCAGUCCUCGAGCACGGGCCGGUGGUGUCGCCCACGAGCUCACCGGGCGCGCCUGUGAAGAUGCCGGCGAGCUUGAGUGCGUUCGAGUACCUGCGCCGGACUGAGACGUCCGAGCUGCAAAAUUCCUGGAUGCAGCGGAAGCGCAUAACGCACGUUGGCAACGGGCGCCGGGACUCGAUCGAGAAGGUUGCCAGUCUGCCGUUUGGGGAAUUGCAACAGAUCAUCCCAAACAUCGACGAGCUCCUGAGGCCGCUGCCCCUGCCCGAAGACCUGCAGGCCCUGAGGGUGGAGCGGCCCAUCAAGGUAUCGCCUCCAGACUACGUGCCUGACGGACCCUACCGCGAGGACUUCUGGGAGCGCACAUCUCAAGGGGAGCAGAUCUCGCUCUACGGUUGCGUGCCGUUGCUGAGCGAGCCCACCACCGCCCAGCACGAGGCCAUACUGGACACCCAGAUCCACCUCAGGAACCUCAAGAUGCUGCAGCGCAUCACAGAUGCCGAACUGACCAAGCUUAUCCAGGCACUCGGGCAGUUCUCAGGUGCCUCCAAGUACGCAGACCUCAUCGGCCACCUCGUCGAUGGGCUCAAGCAGCGGAGAAUCUUCAUUUAUAAGGGCCUCGGCAGCGGAUUCACAAUGCCCGACAAUACUGCCGAGUUUUGGGGUGUUUCCGCCGCGCACAAGGUCGGCAAGGCACACUCGCACCGGGACUCAACGCUGGGCGAGAUAGACCUCUUCAUCUCACGGCGCUGCCCGAGCGACAUCGCCACGGUCCUGCAUACCUGGCUGGCACAUCAUGACGUCCCCCGCAUCGAGCGGUACGAGGAAGAACUCCAGUUCGAGCGCACGCUUAACCCCGAGCUCGAGCAGGUGGCCCUGCCACUCAGCAUCAGGCACCAGAUCGAAAACGCCACCCCAGCCGAGACGCUGUUCCUGCUCGAGCAGAUCAAGGUAUCUGACAUGACACAUCACUUCAAGUACGGCAUCGAGGAACAUUGUCGCUCGGUCCUCCUGGACCAGACCGCGACAGAGUCAUGGAACCACGCAGCGUCUCAGGGCGUUCUGAGCGGAUCAUCAGACAUGGAGACGCUCUUCCGCCGCCGAUCUCAGGACUUCGUACGGCUUGGGGCGAACAGGCUGCCAUCAGUCGCCAACCUGCUGCUCCUCUCCCGCUACGUUGACCGGAUCGUGGUCGAAGCUCUCUUUGCUGGGGACCGUGAUAAGCUCAACGUACUGAGCGAUGCCCUCCUGCAAGCAUAUGACCCCUGGGGGUCAUGGACCGCAGACUGUGAGUAUGUCGACGUCAAUGCGGACCUCUUCGCGCUCAUCUUCUUCUCUGCCCUGCGAAAGUGCGCCUUUGAAGACGUCUACAUCGAGACCACGGACCGCUGCCCAUUCUUCCUCUCCCAGCCGGAUCAGGCGGCUGUUUUCUCGGAACUCUGGGCUCUCGGCUCCCAGUGCGAGUCUUACUUCGGCAUGCCUCCUCGGGACCUAGGUGAGAUCAUCUACGACCGCUAUCGCAAGUUUCUCGCGGACCAUCCUCCGCCGGAAGGGUUCAAGGACAAGAAGAUCAUGACAGCUUUUGCCAAGCCGGAUCCUGGUUCUGCGGGAAGCGAUGAGAUGGACCCAGACGGCCCCUCACGCAAGGGUUUCGUGAAGACGGUCACCCAGCUUCGCAAGAAGUUUGCAGAAUUCGGCGCCCUUUCCAUAUUCUGUCUUCCCGCCAUCAUCGACAUCCUGCUGUUGACCUUUCUCGGCCGCGGCUUGUUCAUGACGGCUUGGCUUGACAAUGACCACCUCACAGCCGCCUGUUAUGCUCUUCUCAUGUCGCUGCUGAUCUCUGCAGGCGUCACUGGCUGGGUCGGAAGCAUCGGGAACUACUAUAUUUGCAACUACGCGUACGACAACAUGAUUUACUUUCAUGUGCAGCGACUUUCAGGUGGCUUCGUUCUCACCGUGCUUGUUGGGAUCGUGGGCUUCAUCAUCUUCACAGUCAAGGUCAAUGUUGGCACCGGCAUUGUUUUCAUUCUCUAUCUCAUUGCCAUCUCCAUGUAUCUAAACGUCUUGGGCGUCAUGGCCACGAUGCACCAGAAUGGCAGCCCUCUCACUUCGGGCCGCACCGUCCUGUGGCGUACGAUUCCGGUCUUCUUUCUUUCGCCUCUCAUCUCAACCUUUGUACCUGGUCACGAUGUCGAAGUCUACCUGCCUGUGAUCUACGGCUUCCUCGUCUUAAUUCUCUUCCAAUACCGCCAACUGUGCCACGAGUGGUCAAACUGGAUGACCAAAAUUCCUCGAAUUACAGAGAAAGACAUAAUCAGCUGGUACAGCGCGAAGAUGGAGGCCAGAGCGGAGGAAGAGUCAUCUGAGAUGGCCUCAGAGACAGGGAAAUGCCUGGCGAGGACAAGAACAAAGACAGAGGAGAACUUGUCCCCCGAGGCCAAGAAGAAAUUGGCACUGCUGGCCUUCCGCCAGCAAGUUGAGGCAUACAGCGAUGGUGUACUGGGCUUUGGCCGAACCAAGCUUGCCGAUCCCGUGGUGGUGCGUGUCGCUCAGGGCAUGCCAUAUCUAGACUGGCUGCUGAAAAAGGACGAUCCCGCGAGGCCGAGGGCAGAGACCUUGACUACUGGUUGGUUCGGCCAGGUCAACCAGGCCUUGAAGACGCAGGAACAGCUCGCCCAGGGCCUCAAGGAACACAAUAUUUUUAUUCUGUUCCGGUACGCUCGGUUCGACAUUGGCUCCAGCGUCGGCCUCUUUUUGGUGGCGCUGAUGGACAGGUGGGUCAGCAUCGUCAUGAGCGCCCGCAACGCGCCCAUCAAAAUUAUCACCAACAACUCGGCCCGCUAUGCCAUCUGCUUUGCCAUCCUGUACUUUUGCUCCUCUGUCAUGACGCUCGAUGGCACGCUGCAGAACUACUGGUCGGGCAACUACGCUCUCUCGGAGGAGAAGCUGACCGACUUCGACCACGGGAAACUUGUCCUGGAGAACUGGGAAAGAAGCCGCCGGCGGAAGUAUGUGGGUGCUCUGCUGGAGCUGUCCCAGAGGCUGGUCUUCUGGCUUGGCUUCUCGUCCAUCUUCGUCUGGCUGUUUGUCCAGGACCAGCAGCUCAUCGUUCUGUACUACGCCUACGUCAUUGCUUAUACCUCUGUCAUGAUCUUUCAGUUCAACCGAUGUUUCACCACCGAUGUCAAAUACCACGUGGGCUCGAUUCUCUCCGGCGCCGUGGCGGGCUUUAUCGUCGGCUGCACCAUCCAUGGCAUCUACGGCAAAUACCAGCCCUUCUACACAGACGUGAUCGCCCUGAACACCGCCGCCAUCACGGCUGCCGUCCUGACGACCUUUUUUGUGUGGAAAGAUCUGCAUAUUCAGAAGCCAGCACGGAAGAACCAAGCUCCCGGUGGGGACUCAACCGGGUGGACGCAGCCCCGGCUAUCCAACCCGAGCAUGGCAGUCUCGGAGACUUCCGAGGUUGCAGUCUGGAAGGACCUCCCCGGCAACAAGGUCACGGUAAAUUCUUCGAACCUCAUAUGCGACAGGGUCCCAGAGCUGCUGCGCCUGGCAAUUGGGCAGCCCAACGUGCAUGCCCAGAACGCGGCAUGGUCAGAGGAUGUCCUGAAGGUGGCACUCGAGAUGUGGAAGGCUGGCAGGAUAGAGCUCAACCUCAGCACUCGAACCUCGUUCAUCGAGAAGGGCUUCGGCAGCUCCAUGUCGUUCAGCCGGUACGACGGUAAUAUGCUGGAGAUAUCGACAGGCUAUCUCUUGGAGGACGAGAUCCAUGUUCCCACAUGGCAGCCCCUGCUCGCCUAUUUUGCCACCGAGGCCAUCCUCUUCCAUACUGCUCGUGCCAUCUUCCACAUGGACCGGCAGCGUGCCAUCCAAGCUGAGCAUUUCCUCCACGAGACGGAGCAGCUGUCUCGACGCAUCGACUUCGAACUGUCCACGUCCGACCUGCCCACCCUUCUCGAGAUCCAGCGGAAGACUAAUCUCAAGAUCAUGAAGCAUCUCUGCCUCGGCAUCCAUGUCGAUAGCAAGUGGCGUGAUCUACCGCCCUAUGUCCGCGAGGUCAUCUUUUGCCGCAUCCUCGGUGACCCGGUGUCGGUAUCCAGGGACCUGCAUCAGUUCAUGGCCAACCAAUCCAUCGACCUGCAGACCUCGGACUUCCAUCUCGAGACUGCUCUGACCAUCUACCAGAAGACACUGGAGCGUGAGCACAUCAACGCCGACUACUCGCUCGAGACGGGCACAGCUCCAUUAUCGAAGUCGGAGCUUCACUGUGCACCAGUUCACAUGGGGCCUCGUAAGCAGACUUUCUUCUUAGGCCUCGUCGAGACCAUCUCGUCCAUCCCAAACACCUUUACCAAGUGGGUUGGCAUCAUCACUGGUGCUGGCUCGGACGUGGAGAGGGAGCUGUGGUACAACUUCCGGUACUCGUAUGCCCGUGGCCCGAUCCUGUGGGUGAUCCUCACAUUUUGGCGCUUCUGCUGGUUCCUCAAGAACAUAUGGGUCUACAUUCUUCUCAUUUAUCACCGCAAGAAUUUGGUGCGCAUCUCCCGCCUCGCGAAGAAGGGCGCCUCCAGGACACUGGUCAAGGACAGGAUUGUUGUUGAGCAGUUGAGAAAGGUCAUCACCGGCUUUGCGGCACACAAUGAACAGAAUUCCAUCACACUGGAAAUAUUCGACAAGCAGCUCUCAACCCGUCCCACAGACGUGGAGCCCGUGUCCACGGCGGUGUAUGACGAUGCCUUCCGGCUCUCGAAUCGUCAAGACAAGUCAACUGGCAAGAACAAGAAGGCCAGUCCUUGGGUCUUUUCUACGUACAAUUACGGCGAGGACACGCGCUCGAGGUGGCCAGCCUUCAAAGAGGUCGUCGAUGGCCAGAACUACAAGAAGUGCUAUUACGACAAGUAUGGGCGCGUCACGCACGGUGACAUGGUCUUUGGUGACAAGGAAUACGAGUUCACCUACUCAUACAAGUCAAGUCCAAAAAGCAGCCAUGAAAUUCUUCGUGCUGAAUUCAAGCUCGCGAAGUCGGACAAGGGGGACAGCCUGGUGGUCUACUGGGGUGUACCCCUCCGUGCAGAUGUCGGGACAAAACUCGACUGGGUUCCCUCGGACCGUGUCUGCCGCAUCGUGCGCAAGAUCGACACCAAAACUUACACCACUACGAGCAACUAUGCCCAUCGGCGUGACCCGACCAUGGUCACUGUCAUGGAGGAAGGCGGGGCGCGCUGCCUGGUCGGCCAGCCCCCGCAGGUGUUUCCAGAGGAGCAGAUGAUGCAGACCCGCCCAACCGAUGUGUUCUUCGAGAAUGACGACCUAUUCAUCCGGCACCGCAGGUCUGAUGUGCGCCGCAUCUACAAGUACAUCGGUAGCAACCGUGCUGUCAAAUCCUUGAGGACCAUGAUCAACCCCGGCGCUUGGAACUACUGGCACAAGAAGAAAGUCUACUCUCGUGUGCCGACUUGGUGGCUCCGCACCGAGCUUUGGAACAAUUGGCUCAAGUCCAACUCGCUUGACGGGAUUACUGCGUGCUGGAUGGACGAGCUGAUCUUGCGCGAGGAGCCCACGCUGCUCAAAUACUGGUCCUACCGCUCGUCUGGACAACUGACUGCGGCGAAGAGGGAGCUCGACGAGAACAUUGAGCGCAUAGUCGCCGCCACAGAGCUUGAAAAGGAUGUCUCAGAAGUUUGUAUGCUGCCUAUCAAAGCCUCCGACCUCUACGCCAUGGGGCUGGGCAAAGACGCAAACCAGAUGACGACCCGCCCAGAGGACUGUUUCAAGGACACACAAGAGCGCAUCUCGGUCAUCUUCAACGACGUGGGAUGCUGGCCCGAAGCGCCUGGCGGCGUCUCCAAUUGCCGGCGCGAUCUUGUCAACGGCCACAGCACGAUUCGGAACCACGUCCUUGCCGAGUCGGCGAACGAAUACGGUAUUCCUCGUUUCCAGAUCGAGAAGAACGUCCAGUCCCUGAAGAUCCUGCCUCUCUGGGGCUUGGACGGCAAGACGCCAAACCAUGGUGUCAUCGACAACCUGCUCCAAUCUGAGGUUGACCGCAAAAUCGGGAACACCGAGAUCAAACGGGACAUUAUCAACACCUUCGUGCCCCUGCUUAAGCAGUUUGUCAAGGGGGCCAGGUCGCGCCACAUAGACCGCUCCGGGCUUCUUCAUUAUAGCAACAUCAUGCUCACCAUGUUCAAGUUCUUUGAGCACAAAGACUACAAUGAGGCAUGGAACAGCAAAGAAGUUGCCGCCGCAUGGGCCGAUGCGUGGCUGGAGAGUUACGGUGACGCCGACAUCACGGACCCGUCCGACUGGUUCGAGCUGUCUCGCCCGAGCAUGACCGACUUUAGGGACGCGCUGGCCAUUUACAAGUCGUAUUUCUUCAUAUUCAGCGUUCAGUCUCCCGAGAACUGUCCCCAGGUAUUCCAGAGCACUCACCACGGAAUCAGCAGCCUGUUUGGGAUGCUGCUCAAGUACAAGCGAGGCACGACAUUUGGAAUCUGGGAUCAUGCCAUCCUCUGGCGUGAGUGCUGCCUCAACAUAUCCCCUGCGCAGUGCGAACUCUCGAUUCCGGUACAGUCUAUGCUCCUCGCGGGAAUCGGCCUGGCGACCAAGCUGGCUUACUUCCACGCUGAUGUCAUCCUGCCUUGUACUUCUUUCUUCAACCCCAUCUGGGAAGCUGAUCUCGGCACCGACAUGGGCAAAGUCAGCCACAGGAACCAAUUCCGGCGCAAGAUCGACCCCAUUGUGAACGGUGUCGGGAACAUGGACGCGUUUGAGCCAGUAGAUCAUGUCCGGACCGAGAUUCCCACCGUCAUCAUGCUUUCCAACGUCCAGUUUAUAAAAGACGUGCGGACGGCCAUCCUUGCCGCCGACGUCAUCAUCAACAAGUUCGGGUUCAAGGACUACAAGCUCGUUGUGUACGGUGCUCAGGACCGCGAGCCGAGCUAUACGAUCGACAUGACGAAGCUCAUCCAGCAGUGCAAGAUGUCUGACAAGGUCAUCCUGGGUGGGUUCGGCCGGCCACAAGAGGUUCUCAAGGAUGCGUGGCUGUUCAUGAACUCGUCACUCUCCGAGGGCCUGCCUCUUGCCAUCGCCGAGGCCGCGCUUGCCGGUGUCCCUAUCGUGGCCACUUCCGUCGGCGCGACGGCACUGGUCUUGACAGAUCCCGAUGAUCAGGAUCGCAGGUAUGGCGAGGUCGUCCCACCCAACGACCCCGUGGCGCUGGCUCGCGCACAGAUUUCCAUGCUAUCCAUGGUGGGCCCUUGGUCCAAGUUCACGGGCGAGGUUGGCGACAAAGAGGCCGUGCCCCCGAACUUGACCUUGCCGGACGUCAUUCGGGACUCGGACGUGGAGUGGCUCACCCGCCGCAUGUACGAGAAGGCCGAGUUCCGCCGCGAGCUUGGCAUGCUCUCGCGCGGUGUCGUGCUCAAGGGGUUCCACGGCGAACGUUACCUGCGUGAGCACGAGCAGAUGUACUGGAUCCAGUGGCACAUGGCUCGCAUGCGGGCCGACGAAGCACUGAUGGCGCCUGCCAACCGGAGUUUCAGGUUCGGUGCGACCGUACCCCUUCGCUAUAGUGAUGUCUCUGAGGAGGAAAUGUGGGCCGAGACGGAAGACUGGGGUGUGCUGGAUGUUAGCGAGCGGCCUGGUCAGAAUGGUAGCCGCGCUGUAGACGAUUCAAGAGCGGGUCGUAACGCCGCAGGCCUUCUGAGUCGUGCAAACGGCGCAGCUCUCGCGCUGAGUAGGAAGAGAUCCGUCCGUUGGCAGGAGUUUCCUCCUAGCAACAUGAGCAGAACCUCCCUCUUUUCAAAUUAUGAGGGGAGGAGGUUGAGUAAACAGCCGAGGAGGCCAUGGGUUGAGUCGCGAGCGGGUUCCUAUAUUUCAUCUAGAGAGGUAUAAGCGGAUUCAUACUGUUAAAUACAAUCAUUAUAUUACCGCCUGCAACGAAUCUCUUUUGGACGCAACCUAUGGCUCCUCCUAUCCUAUGUAAACACUCAUGCCUUUUUCUUCUGUCUACCCUAUAAACUUAUAAGCUUUAGCUAUCUAUAUAUAGCCUUACUGACUGGUUUCGCUUAUAUUCCGCAUACGUCCGGGGACAUACAUGGCACCUUCAUACGGUGCUAAGCAUCCUCGAUGGCCUUGGAACAACAUAUGAUAUCGGAAUUGCAGGACCGGCUGCUUCACAAUCCUCCCUUGACACCCCUCACCUCUGCCAUCGCCUCGCGUCAAAUGCAUACGUUUCGUUGGUCACUCACAACCAACUUCUGGCGCACUGCACAGGGAAUCGACCGACUUGUGUUGGACGGCUCGGACAACUCACCCUGCAUCAGAAGUCACUUAUACUGCUCUACUUGAUCGAGGGCGCUCUUGCCUGUCUGAGAAGCUGUCCCUUGCAGGUGACCGGGUCGCAUCAUGAAUUGCACUCAAGUCCAUUUGCAUCUAAAAAAAGAUUUCCCUGUCUAUUCAGCCACACUUCGGCGCUUCGGGACGACUCAAAG